UCUCUCCAACAAAACCAAUCCCCGCAUCUACUGUAAGCGAUCGUAGCUUCCUCAGGUGUUUGUGGAUCGGUCGGUUUGUGAAGCUCAGCGUCUAAGAAUCAGGCAGAAGUCUGUCUCACUUUUUUAUUUUUUAUUAUCGAGGCGGUCAACAAAAAUUUCAGUUUGAUAUGAAACGGUAAUGUGGUGGUUAGCUUACACAUGUAGGGAGAAUUCAAGUAUAAGACGAAGUUUGUGUCGCUCUGAUUUUUGACAGUGUCGCAACCCCAUGUUUCUUUCUAUGGUAAAUCCCAUUGCCUUAAUUCGUUUCACUUGUCCAAAACACGACAACAACCACAAUACAAACGAGUUCCUCUUAAGUCAUCAUAUUAUUCUCCCCAACCAUCAACAUGGCUGACCAAGCAGCGCCACUGAAGACUUACCGUGGCAACUGUCACUGCAAGGCACACGUCUUUGAGGUCAGACUUCCGGAACUCAAAUCGCUAUACUCCUGCAACUGCAGCUCGUGCACCAAAAAGGGUAUCCUCUGGUGCUACCCCGAGAAGCAAAGUGACUUUACCUGGAUCAGAGGCGAUGAAGGCAGUCUGGCCGACUAUGCCUUUGGCAAGAAAGGCAUGCACUACAAGUUCUGUCCUACAUGCGGGGUCUCCCUGUUCUGCAUCGGCUAUUUCGAGCCUCCCCAGCCAGGCGAGGAGAAAAACCCAGCUUUUGCUCUGAAUGCACGAACGUUUCAAGACCUGGACAUCUGGAGCCUCGAGACUAAGCUCAUGGACGGUGCAUCAUACGGUGCCCCCUUCAAACCAGCCAAGUACGCCGGUCACCCGCCGCAAGCUGCGCCGGAGAAUGCAUCAACAUAUCAUGGAAGCUGUCACUGUGGUGCUGUCAGAGUUGCCAUGAACUCGUCUCCCCUAGGCGAGACGCAUGAUGGCCGCGUGGUUGAAUGCGACUGUAGUAUCUGUGGUCGAUACGGCGCGAUCUGGGCAUACCCUCGCGAAGAAUACGUCGCCUUCGAGGGCGAAGAGAACUUGAGCUACUACAAAAUGGGCAACGGCCUCUUCAACAAGGGCUUUUGCAGAGUUUGCGGCGUUCCCGUGGAGAAUAAGGCGGUAUCGAUGAGCGAGGAGCAAAAAGCCGCCUUGUCAGAGGUUCACCGAUCCUGGCAUGAUCGCGGACAUGUUUACCGCGGUCUCAACUCGAGGGUGUUGAACGAUGUGGACUUGGGUAAGUUGAAGAAGGAGCGUGUUUAUGGGUGGAAGGGCAUCCCACCACAAUACGAGAACCCUUGAGAUCUGAGGUCUGAACGCUUGAACCAGGUCUAUAGAUUGCAUAACAAGGUGUCAACGAGAGCUGCGCGUUUCU